AUGCUUCUGGUGGAUACGCAUCUGAAGAAGAUCGAGUUGGAUGAGGAUCUCAAGACGAGAAUCGCUCAAUCAAGACCACACAAGCACCUCUCCUCAUCGAGAAUCUACUUGGACCUGAUUCGCAAGGAUGACGUGGUAAGUUUGGGGACAACGAAUGGGAAACUGAACUGAUUACAUAUUUGAUCAGAGAAGACAUCGUCAUGAUGUGAAACUGUCUUCCGUACGUUUUCAAUCCGUACUUUGUUAAGUUUUCUUCAGGAGAAGAUUUUCCGGGGAGACCCGUUUAGUUUAGAAUUAGUGCACCCUCAGGACAGAAUGGGUCAUUGGAAAGUCUUCUCCAGUUGAGAAACUAAACUCAAACUUUCAGCUCUCACAUGGCGCCGUCACUAACGAGUAUCUCAAUCGCUGGCACUUGGAGCAGGUCAACCCCAGUUUAAUCAAGAAGAAGGAGGUUCACCUCGAUGCUGACCGUCGGCUGGCCCUCUACGCUUACACCCACGACACGUUCAGUCUUCUCCUCGUUCCAAUGAUCAAAGAAAAGAAGGAAGCUCUGGGAUCAAUGGGAAAUGACGCUGCGUUGGCCUGUCUGUCUGACUACAGCCCUCUGCUGUUCAGCUACUUCCAACAGCUUUUUGCUCAGGUAUGCCGUUUGAAAAAAAAAACGGGUGUGCCGAAGAAGGAAGAGCGAAUUGAAAUGGAAUGAGUGGUAGGAGGGAGGGAGGGAUUCAAUCCGUCGGAGGUCGUUAAAUUGUUUUGGGAGACGAAAAGUCAUUCACUUUCCCACCGCCCUCUCAUCCUUUGUAGUUGAUUAGAAAAACAAACUCGUGGCUCCUCGACGAACUUCGUAAAUUUAGUGGUCUUCUGAGAAAAUGUCGGCCAGAGAAUGUUUUUCGAAAGACGGAGCUUAACCAUGACGUGUUGAGGGGAAAGAUGGAGAAAAAAAAGAGAAUGCACGAUGAUUACAGGUCACCAAUCCGCCAAUUGACCCGUUCCGAGAGCAGAUCGUCAUGUCACUGCGAUGCCCAAUCGGACCCGAGUCGAACAUGCUCGAGCCGGACGCGGAGCUUGCAAGCCGUCUCAUCUUAGAGCAACCCAUCCUCUCGAUGGUCGAUAUGGAGGUGAGAAAUGGGGGGUUUUGAAAAAGCAGAAAAGGCGAGAGAAGAAAAAGACAAAUGGAAGGAAAUAGGACAAAGACAUGUUCUGAAUGACUGAAAUUACAAUCACAUGUUGCGAAUUUAUAGUCGGUUGAAUUAGUCAAAAGCGCACAACGGCUCCGCUCCGCCUCGCUUGUUAGAAUUCUUGGGGGAAUUUGGGAUUCCGGAUGACGCAUACACUGAAAAAUUGCACUUUUUCAGGUGAUGAAACGUACGAUGUACAAGGGAUGGAAGUCAAAAGUGAUCGACAUCACAUUCCCAGUUCGAUACGGAGUCAAAGGUGUGUAAGAGUUAAAAGAAACGGAAAGUUGAAGCCCGGAGACUCAUGAAGCUAAUCACGAGCAGAAUGUUGCCGUUUUGCUCUGGCUUGUAGUGAGCAAGAGCUGGUAAUAAUUAGUUGAAAGAAAGUUAUGACUAAAAGGAUAAUAGGUUCGAAGAAGUCUCGAGAAGCUCUUCGGAAUGAUAUCAUGGCAUAAAAAUAAGCUACAUAUUUUUAGGACUCGUUCCCGGACUCGACGCGAUGUGCUGCUCUGCGUGCACUGCUGCUCUCGAUGGGUAUCAAGUGCUGGUGCUCUCGGAUAGAAACGCGAAUGCGGAACGAGUUCCGAUCCCGUCACUUUUGGCGGUCGGAGCCAUCCAUCAGUGUCUCAUCCGCCAUCGUCUUCGCAUGAAGGUUGCAAUCAUUGUGGAGACUGGCGAAGCUCGCGUUGUCCAUGAUUUCUGCGUGCUUCUCGGCUUUGGAGCCGAUGCCAUUUGUCCGUACAUGGUGUACGAGACGGUGCAUCGUCUUCGCAACCUGGGUCUUUUGGACAAGGAACUUAAUGACGAUCAGGUCUAUCAGGGAUACCGCCAGGGAGUCGAGCGAGGAAUCUUUAAAGUGAUGGCCAAGAUGGGAAUCUCGACGCUCCAUUCGUACAAGGUGAGCGUGGGAGGAAUGUGGGACGAUGGAGGAGGAAAACGGAUGGAAUUGGAAGGGACGUGCGAAUCGCCAAUUACUUUAUCCGCAUGUUUUUGCAGCACGCUCAAAUCUUCGAGAUUGUGGGACUCUCGAAGGAUGUGGUGGAGAUGUGCUUCAAAAACACAGUGUCGCGUCUCGGAGGAGCCACCUUCGAAAUUCUGGCUGCUGAGGCGCUCAAACGGCAUCGCUCGGCUUUUCCGUCGACUACGGAUGCGUCAUUCGGUAAGUCUGCACAUCGGCGCCUCGAGCAAUAUAUUAGCAAUGGGAUGGGAAAGCUUGGAACUUGGAAAGCAAAGGGUGGGGUUUGACUUGUCGUUCACUUGAGAAAAAGUGUUACAAACUAGGAAAAAGAUGAUGAAGUGGCAAACGAAGAACCAAAUUGAGUCAAGUCGAAUUCAGAAUAGUGUAAUUUGUUUGAGCAAACAUGUGCCGAAGCAGUAGCACAGCAGUUUGUCAUACAUAUAAAUGUCAAAUGAAGAAGGAUGGUGUGGGUGUAGCAGAGGGGAGAAAAAGAGGAAACUAGAUAGACUCAUGCUUUUGUCUAUUACUACGACUUGUACUACGUCAUUUCAUCAUGGACGUAGAGUUUCACUGGAGUGGAAGGUUUUGUCUAUUGGCACAAUUUGAUUCAAAACACUCCAAUCACAACGCUAUCUUACUGUAGAUGUCUUAGGCAUGGUAGUUUCUGGAAGAGCUCAUUUCCCCUCUUAUUUCCUAUCUCAUUUGUUGAGAGCUCUUUUUUUAGAUUCAACAACCCUAAAUGGAGUAUCCUACGGUAAGAAUCACGGCUAAAACAACAUCAUCUGCGUUGCUGACUCUAAUAAUUGCUACAUACUGUUAACCCUGUUGUCCGUUGCAUGGCUUUUGCUACCUCGUCUAAGUUUACUGCAACCAUAUGUGUAACUCAAGCCGCUUUUGCAUUUGCUAAUGAUAACCGCUUGUCUGCCGGAGUACGGUGUGUUCUCAGGACUGAGAGCGUCUAUGUGAAAUUUUGUUUCCGGUGAGAAAUGAUAAAUUUGAAUAUUUUCAGGUGACUCGAAAACUUUGGUCGCUAGCGGAACCUUCCAUUGGAGAGCCGGAGGAGAAAAGCACAUCAAUGAGCCGUUGGCCAUCGCCAAACUUCAGGUUUGAACUAUUGAAAACAUAGUUGUGAUUUUGUGGCCCGCAAGUUAGAAAUGCGAACAUUUCAGAACAUUGAAAUUUUAACAACUAUGAGUGAAAAAAUUCCAAUUAGAAAAGUUUUUAGGCGGCUACGCGUCUCAACAACUCGAAGACUUUCCAAGAGUACUCGCAGGCUUCGAAUAUGGCCCAGCGCUGGUGCACUCUUCGCGGACAACUCGAAAUCAAGACGAGCAAGAAGAUCCAAAUCCCGUUGUCCGAGGUCGAGGCGGCCAGUGACAUUGUCAAGCGGUUCGUCACCGGAGCCAUGUCGUUCGGAUCCAUCUCGUGGGAAGCUCACACUGCGCUUGCGAUAGCCAUGAACCGCAUCGGUGCCAAGUCGAACACCGGAGAAGGAGGAGAGAAGCCGGAGAGGUAUCGCAAGAACCAGGACCCGAACCAGAACCUGCGUUCCGCCAUCAAGCAAGUGGCUUCUGCUCGUUUUGGAGUCACUUCUUCCUACCUGGCCAACGCCGACGAGCUGCAGAUCAAGAUGGCUCAGGGCGCGAAGCCGGGAGAGGGAGGAGAGUUGCCGGGACACAAGGUCACCAAGGACAUUGCGGACACGAGAAAGUCCACUGCUGGAGUCGGCCUCAUUUCGCCCCCACCUCACCACGACAUCUACAGUAUUGAGGACUUGGCUCAGGUUAGAUAAAUUUGGAAAUGAAAUGCGCAUAAAAACGAAGGGGUCUGAACACAUUUUGUGCGUUGAAAAAAGAAAACUGAAACCUUAUUUGAAUAGAAAACAAGUGAGAUUGGAUUAGACGUGUUCUUGGUCACAUCAACGUUUUGAUCGCAAGUCGAGAUAGUUUUGCCCUUUUUGUUUUUCUUUCCGCCAAUCUAUUCUGUGAAAACUAAGCGAAACAAACACAAAAAAAGAAAAAUAAUUAAAUUUUCAGCUUAUCUACGAUUUGAAAUGUGCGAAUCCGGUGGCUCGUGUCAGUGUGAAACUCGUCUCGGAAGCCGGAGUUGGAAUCAUUGCUGCCGGAGUGGCUAAGGGAAAUGCCGACCACAUCACCGUUUCUGGACACGACGGAGGAACCGGAGCGUCCAGCUGGACUGGAAUCAAACACGCCGGACUGCCAUGGGAGUUGGGAGUGGCCGAGACUCACCAGGUUCUGACCAUGAACAACUUGCGUUCCCGUGUGGUCCUCCAAGCCGACGGACAAAUCCGAACUGGACGUGACGUCAUGAUUGCUGCUCUUCUCGGUGCUGACGAAUUUGGAAUGUCGACUGCACCGCUUAUUGUGCUCGGAUGCACUAUGAUGAGAAAGUGUCAUCUGAACACUUGCCCAGUCGGAGUUGCCACCCAAGAUCCGGUUCUUCGUGCCAAGUUUGAAGGAAAACCGGAGCACGUGAUUAACUACAUGUUCAUGGUGGCUGAGGAAGUUCGUUAUUUCCUGUCCAAACUGGGACUCCGAAAGCUCGAAGAAGCCGUCGGACGCACUGAUCUUCUCUACGCCUCUCCGAAUCCUGUCAACAAGAAGGCAACGAUGUUGGAGUUUGGAUCCAUCCUGAAGAAUGCUCAGCAAAUGUUCCCGAAUGUUUCGAUCAAGGGAGGAAGUGUCAAGCAGGUCAUUGAAAUGGGAGCGCUGGAGACCCAGCUGCUCACUGAGAUUGCCGGAGUGUUCAGCGAGGCCGGAGAGCACAAAAUCUUUGACAACCAGCUCAUCACCAACUUGGACCGUACCUUUGGAACGAGAAUUUCGUAUGAAAUCUCGAAGAGAUAUGGCGAACUCGGACUCGAAGGAACCCGCUCGAUCACUAUCAAUCUAAAGGGGCAUGCCGGACAGUCCUUCUGCGCUUUCUUGGCCAAGGGAGUCAGUAUCACUUUGGAAGGAGACGCCAAUGACUACGUCGGAAAAUGUCUGUCUGGUGGAAAGAUUGUUGUCUUCCCUCCAAAGAGCGCCAUCUACAAGUCGGAGGAGAACUCGAUCAUCGGAAACGUCGCUCUUUACGGUGCCACUUCUGGUGACUGCUGGUUCCGCGGAGUUGCUGGAGAGAGAUUCGCCGUCAGAAACUCUGGCGCCAACGCCAUUGUUGAAGCCGUCGGAGAUCACGGUUGCGAGUACAUGACCGGAGGAAGGGUCAUUGUGCUCGGAACCAUCGGAAGAAACUUUGCCGCCGCGAUGAGUGGAGGAAUCGCUUAUCUCUUUUCCCAGUGAGACACUUUACGGCUCAACUUUUUUGAUUCUAAUUCUUGCUUUUUCAGAGAGGACAACUUUGCCCGUUUGGUCAACUCGGCUACCGUCGAUCUCGAUGAUGCCACUACCGAAGAUCUCAUUUUUGUCAAAUCAAAGAUCGAGGAGUUUGUCAAGCUGACCGGUUCGGAGCUCGGACAACGCAUCUUGAGCAACUGGCAACGCGAGCAUCUCAAGUUAAUCAAGGUCUUUCCGCGCGAUUACAAGCGUGUGCUCGCAGAGCAGGAGGAGGCCCGCAAGAAGGAGGCCGAGAUUGAGAAGGCCAAUCUGGAUAUGAGCCUGCUCUCGGUGGACGACUCGAAGCCAAGAACGAGAACUUUGUCGAUGGACAUGCAGAUUGCCCCGACCAUCCGUCUCCACAAGAAGCAAAAGGAGACUUCGAGAAAGAAGAGCUUGGUAAGUGUGAGAACCGUAAUCAGUCAACAUGAACGUAAAGAUGUUAGAAGUCAAACUUCCCGUUACAGGAUAAAAAUUCUCUCCAGGUUCCAAAGGUAGAGUUGUGUAGAUGCAAAAGUAGUCGUGAUUGUUCUAGACGUUUGGUAUUCAAUGAAAAAAGUGCGCGAGAAAAGCUUAGCACACCCUGAAUAUAGAGCAUCCAAUCUAAACUAGAAGAGAAAUGGGAAAUCAAUGAGCGCCAUCGGGCUUGCCAUACAAAAUAAUCGUUUUUCGGCAGCGAAACUAGUGAAAACCGUAGUAGUGUCUGGGGUACGAAAAUAUAAGUAAGUUGUUCUUCGUUGUAUAACCGGGGGUGUGUUCGAAGUCAAGCUAAAUUGGCUGAGUGUUCUUUUUUAAGCCAAAUCGAGUGGCAUUCACAAAUUCUGGGAGCUCAAUAUUUAGGGAAGUCCAAAACUUAUUUCGCGCACUGGAUUACAGAAUUUACCCGAUCUUCCAAGUGCAUGUAGUAUUAGAAACUAAAUUUGACAAAACCGAAAUAAUUAUAUUCUUUUCAGCUCGGUGAUAACCGCAAACAACGUCGUCUGUCGAAAAGUCUGCGCCCGCAGGAUCUGGCCGGAUUCGAGAAUGAGGAGGACUUGCAAGAAGCGGCCGAUUUGGAAGAGGAGGAGGAGGACACGAAGUCUGAUCUUGACGAUCACUCUGAUGAAGAAGAGGCGAGUGAAUUAGAAGACUUCAAACAAAGAAACAUGGAGGUUUGGAGUAGCAGCAUUGAAAAGUGAAAAGUAGACGGCACAUGACGUGACUUGUUGUAAUUAACUUUCUCGGGGUCACGCUUUCUGUUCCUUCCUUUUUUCGUGAACGCACAUCCUGCAAAGUGAAUUUUUUAGUCCUUCUAAGAUUAAAACAAAGAUGACGUCAGCCAACGUAUCUUUUUUUCAGAUUGUCGAGAAGAAACCGAGCGUCGACAUUGAGAGCCUCGGAGUUCCGGCUCAUCUUCGCAAGAAGGAGGAACCACUCGACAAGCUUCGCGGAUUCGUCAAGUAUCACCGUCAGAAGAAGAUCUACCGUGACCCGAAAACGCGUCUCAACGAUUGGGAUGAAGUCUACGAUUUUGAGGCGAUCCGCAGCAACAUCCGCGAGCAGGCUGCUCGUUGCAUGGAUUGCGGAGUCCCAUUCUGUCAAGGACACUCUGGAUGCCCACUCGGAAACAUUAUUCCAAAGUGGAAUGAUUUCGUGUUCAAGAAGAACUGGCGUCAGGCGCUUGAGCAACUCCUUCAGACCAAUAACUUCCCUGAGUUCACGGGACGUGUCUGUCCGGCGCCAUGCGAGGGUGCCUGUACUCUUGGAAUCGGAUCGCCCGCGGUCACUAUCAAGUCCAUCGAAUGCGCUAUCAUCGACUACGCGUUCAUGCAAGGGUGGAUGAAGCCGUGCAAACCGGCAUUCAGCACUGGAAAGAGAAUUGCCAUUAUUGGAUCAGGACCGUCUGGUUUGGGAGCUGCUGCUCAGCUCAUCAAGGUCGGGCACACUGUUGUUGUCUACGAGCGCAAGAACCGUGUCGGAGGACUCCUCAGGUAAAACUAUUUAUACUUUUUUCUGUAUUACCUAACUAUGUAAUUGUUUGCAGAUACGGAAUCCCUACAAUGAAGCUUGACAAGUUUGUGGUUGACCGUCGUGUCACUCUUUUGGAGCAAGAGGGAGUGAGAUUCCUCACGAACACUGAGAUCGGCAAGCACGUGCCGGCUGAUUUCCUGCUCAAGGAUAACGAUGCAAUCAUUGUUUGUACUGGCUCGACGACCCCUCGUGAUCUUGUUGUGGAAGGACGUGAAGCCAAGGGAAUCUGCUUUGCCAUGGAAUACCUCGAGAAAAGUCAGCGUCGCCGUGCUGGAGACGAUGUCGCCUGGGAGGGACUUGACCCGGCCAACAAGAAGGUGAUCAUCCUUGGAGGAGGAGACACUGCCACUGAUUGCAUUGCAACCAGCAACAGAUUGGGAUGCAAGACGGUCGGAGCGUUUGAGAUCCUUCCGAAACCAGCCGACAGCCGCAAGCCGGAGAAUCCUUGGCCGGAGUGGCCGCUCAUCUUCCGCAUUGACUACGGACACGAGGAAGCCAAGGAGAAGACCGGAUCGGAUCCGAGAACUUACUCGGUCUCCACCAAGCGAUUCCUGACCACCAUCAAUGCGGCCGGAGUCCAAGUGCUCACGGGACUCGAGAUUGUCGACGUCGAGUGGGAGAAGGACGAGAAGGGCGCCUGGAAGUUGGUCGAGAAGAAGGAUUCGAUCCGCGUCAUCGAAUGCGAUCUCUGCAUUCUGGCCAUGGGAUUCGUUGGACCCGAAAAGUCUGUUAUUGAGCAGCUGAACCUGAAGACGGACCCGCGUUCCAACAUUCUCACGCCAAAAGACAAGUACGAUUCGGAUGUCGCCAAGGUAAACAAAAGCAAUUUACGUUUUGUUAAUUGUUCAAUUUAGGUGUUCGCUGCCGGUGACUGCCGCAGGGGACAAUCGCUCGUUGUGUGGGCAAUCCAUGAAGGACGUCAAGCUGCUCGCCAAGUGGACGAGUACCUGAUGGGCAAGACGACCCUGGCCGGACCGGGAGGGAUUGUCACAGCUACGAUCCAGCAGAAGAACGCCAUCUGA